UGGCGCCACGACGCCCCGAGGCCUUGGCGCGCGGACAUGACGCUCGGCGGCCUCGCGUCGCGUUACUCAACGCACUACGGCCGCCGUUCGUCUCGGCAGGAGUCCAUGGCCACCCUCGCGCCACGGCCCCGCCUUCUCCUCGCGCUGAGAAGGCCGCAGCCUAGAAGGCUCCGCGCCUGCGCCGCCGCCCCCUGCGCUCGCCGCGCUCCCGUGCCACCGCAGGCGGCGCGGCCGCGGCGCGUCUUCCUCGGCCUCGGCGCCACCGUCAUCGACCAGGUCGCCCGCAUGGCCUCCGGCGGCACCUCGUCCCGUUCCUUCGUUGCAGGAGCGCGGCCGAGGCAAGGGGUUUCCCCAGUCGAGCAGAUUUUGAAGAAUGUGGAGUGGCCCGAUGAGUUUCCUUUUAAGCCUGAGGACUUCAGCCGCUUCGACGAAUCAUCAGAUACUUUGUUCUACUCGGUUCCCCGUUUUGUCACUCACAUUGACGACCAAGCAAUCCGGGCUCUCACAGAGUACUACUCUGAAGUUCUUCCUCCAAGUAAUACCCCUGGGGUGGCCAUUCUGGACAUGUGCAGCAGCUGGGUGAGCCACUAUCCUCCCGGGUACAAACAGGAGAAGAUUGUGGGGAUGGGUCUGAAUGAAGAUGAACUCAAAAGGAACUCGGUAUUGACCGAGUAUGUCGUGCAAGACCUCAAUGUGAACCCAAAGCUUCCUUUUGAAGAUAACACUUUCGAUGUUAUCACCAAUGUGGUUAGUGUAGACUACUUGACAAAACCCAUAGAUGUUUUUAAGGAGAUGCAGCGAAUACUGAAGCCAGCCGGCCUUGCCAUAAUGAGCUUUUCAAAUCGGUGCUUUUGGACAAAAGCUAUAUCUAUAUGGACAUCAACUGGUGAUGCUGAUCAUGCUUGGAUAGUCGGUGCUUACUUUCAUUAUGCUGGAGAUUUUGAGCCUCCACAGGCAGUUGAUAUAUCUCCUAGUCCAGGACGAACUGAUCCAAUGUAUGUUGUAUACUCCAGGAAAAGAAUAGCCUAGACCGUAUACUGUAUUUUGCAAGGUCUUUCCCUCCUUCCUAGUUCCUCUACCCUCCCUGCUGAUUAUGGCAGCUGUAUUCGAGUCAAGCCAUGUGUCAUGGUUCAAUUUUUAUGUGGCAUUCUAUGUUCCAGUUAGUCGUCCUUUUAUUUUAAAACUUGUUAUCCAUUUUAGGGCGUGAUGUGGGACUGUGGGAGCUCAUGAAAGUAAGUGUGACCCGCGCGCAUGUGUGGAAGCGUUUCUAAACUGUGUUUUGGAAAAAUGUUUUUGCAUAACAUCUUUUGUUGUUGGCAUAGUGACAAUUGGAUGAGACAAUAAUUUCAAAUAUAGGAAAACAUCAUUGUGUUA